GUAAGUGUUAGCUCUCUUAUUCUUAUUUCCUGCACAAAGUUGAAUCUAAAUCCUUUACCUUUAUCUCUCCUUGGUUCAAAAUCAUGUUUUUUCUAUAAAAUUUAUCGAGUUUGAGAUGUCUGAUCCGAAGCUUUCUCAUGGCUAUCAUGGAGUGCUCGAGUGUGUUUCCAGAGGCUGGAGAGAUUUAGUUCGUAGCGUUGAUUACUCGUCUUAUAAAGCUAGAAAUGGAUGGUCAGGGAGCUGGUUGUUUGUGUUGACAGAACGUUCUAAGAAUCAAUGGGUUGCUUAUGAUCCUCAAGCUGAUCGAUGGCAUCCAUUGCCUAGAACUAGGGCUGUUCAAGAUGGUUGGCAUCAUUCUGGUUUUGCGUGUGUUUGUGUUUCCAAUUGUCUUCUUGUGAUUGGGGGUUGUUAUGCGCCUUCUGUGUCAUCGUUUCCUCAUCAGAAGCCUGUUGUCACUAAAGAUGUCAUGCGGUUUGAUCCGUUUAAGAAAGAAUGGAAAAUGGUUGCUAGUAUGCGAACACCACGGACUCACUUUGCUUGUACUGCUGUCUCUGGCAAGGUUUAUGUUGCUGGAGGUCGCAAUUUAACCCAUUCCAGGGGAAUUCCAUCUGCUGAGGUUUAUGAUCCUGUGGCUGAUAGAUGGGAGGAAUUACCAGCAAUGCCUAGACCACAGAUGGACUGCUCGGGGUUAUCGUACAGAGGCUGCUUUCAUGUUCUGAGUGACCAGGUGGGAUUUGCAGAGCAAAAUUCAUCUGAAGUUUUUAAUCCAAUAGACAUGACCUGGUCCACUGUGGAGGAUGUCUGGCCUUUCUCUAGAGCUAUGCAGUUUGCUGUUCAGGUGAUGAAAAAUGAUCGAGUGUACACUAUUGUAGAUUGGGGAGAAAGCUUGAUCAAGACUAGGGAUACAGAUGAAGGGGAAUGGUACAAUGUUGGUUCAGUUCCUUCUGUUGUUCUUCCUAAUCAUCCGAGAGAGUUAGAGGCCUUUGGUUAUGGGUUUGCAGCUCUAAGGGAUGAGCUCUAUGUUAUAGGAGGUAAGGUCCUUAAAUGGGAAGAAUCAGGGGCAGGGAGAUUUGACAUUGUGAGAUUGCCCGUUGUGAGGGUAUGUAACCCUUUGGAUAGGCCUCUGAAUUGGAGAGAGACUAAACCGAUGUGCAUUCCAGCCGGUGGGUCCAUCAUUGGUUGUGUAUCCUUGGAAGAAUCUUCUCCGCCUUAACCAAGGUGAUAGAAUCUUUCUGGAUAUAUAAAAUUGUUACAGUCGAUUCUUUGAUUGUUGCAUCAUGAGAAGAAAAAGUAGUUAAAAGGAGCCAUGGAAAGCACUUGGUUAUCAUUGAUAUCUGCUUUUGUCUUUUUACAAACAAGUAACUUCUCCUUGUUAUUUGAUCAUCUCUUUUACAGAAGUCUCGCAAGGCUUAUGCUGGCAUGGAAACUCUAAUUAUAGCCUUAAACUUAUCAUUG